AUGGAUCUUGGAGAUGGUAGAAAUGGGCCCUGUGGUGCGUGCAAGUUCCUUAGGAGAAAGUGUGUGAAGGGUUGCAUAUUUGCACCAUAUUUUGACUCAGGCCAAGGCACUGCUCAUUUUGCUGCGGUUCACAAAGUGUUCGGUGCCAGCAAUGCCUCUAAGCUACUCACCCGUGUCCCUCCUCACAAGCGUCUUGAUGCUGUUGUUACUCUUUGCUAUGAGGCUCUUGCUAGGGCUACUGACCCAGUUUAUGGUUCUGUUGGUCACAUCUUUGCCCUUCAACAACAGGUUGUGAACUUGCAGGCAGAGUUAGCCUAUGUGCAUGCUCGUCUUUCCACAUUGCAUCGGGUGUACGUAGUUCCUCCAUUUCCAGAGUCUUGUUCAAGCACCCCAAAUAGCAACAAUGAGUUGCAAAGUUCAUACAUAUCAAUGCAUUUUGAUAAUCCAACAUCAUUAGAUUUAAGCAGCUUUCUGAAUCCAUCCUAUCAACAAGGUGAUGAGCAGGAACUCCAAGCUUUGGCUCGAGAUUUUGUGUCGAGGUUCUUGCCCGGAAUUAAUUCUCACUAA